GCUACGACCACAAGUACGUCUGACACGACCAGCUCAAGUACGGACACGACUGCAACUGCAGCUACUACAGCUGCAACUGAAACCACGGAUACUACAGCCACUACGUCUGCUACAGAUACCACUGGAGCAACGGCUACAACCGCUGAGACAGCAACCACAGCAGUGGUCAAGGUGUUCGAUGCAUGUGCCGAGGAUGCUGAUUGUCCCGCCGACUCUUCUUGCAGAGUCAGAGGAUGUGCAGGAUCUGUUUGUAUGUGCAACACGGGCUUCGUGGCGACCAGAGAUAAAACAGCUUGCUUUAAAGGCAAGCUCAUCGACGACACAUGUGCCGACGUGUCCGAGUGCGUCCCCUUUCUGUCAUACUGUGACGGAAAAUGUCAAUGUUCAAGCUUCGUCCGAAAAACCAACCGGAACACUUGCGCAAUUAGGGGGUUCUGGGUAAUCGGGGAGCCUUGUGGUGCUACAAGUGACUGCCUCGACACCAACGCCCUCUGCGCGAGGGAUGGGACGUGCCAGUGCAAGAGUGGGUACAGAAACAAGACGGAGGAGGAAUUCUGGGACAACCCGUAUGACAGGACUGACUGCGUCAAGGGGAACUUCUUACUCACAGAAUGCGUGACAUCUACAACGACACAAACACCAACAACAACGAUAGCAAGGGAUAAAAAGUUAGGUCAGGUCUGCGAGGUGAGAGAGCAGUGUCCCCUCAACUCGACUUGUCUGAAGGUGGGGUGUAGCCAGCCGGUAUGCAGGUGUCAGAGACGAUUCAGAUCCAGCUCGGACAAGACGGCGUGUGUCGCAGCAUCCAAAAUUGGUGAAGCCUGCACAAAGUCCUCAGAGUGCACUGACCCCAAGUCCUGGUGUGCUGGGGGGCGUGUGUACCUGCUUCCCCUGGACCAGCAAGUCCAGUACGGGGUGCGUGUUCUGGUUCCAGAGGGUCGUGGGUCAAUACUGUGGGGUGAAGAACCCCUGCGCUGACCCCAACGCUGUGUGUAGCCGCUCAGCUGGAUGUGUCUGCCGGACUGGCUACAUCCUGAAGACGGACGUGACGUUUUGGCUUGACCCCACGGACACCAAUGAAUG